AGAAAGCCCGUGGGGUCUUUUGCUUCCAUCUUACGCCGAAUGAAGCGAUUCGGUUUGAAUCAGGCCUGGAUGGAUUCUUGCGAUCAGGACUGGCUUCAGUCUGUGCUGACCAUGCCAGAGCCGAAGUUGACUCUUAUUUGUUAUCCUAGAAAGAAAAAGACUACCACUGCCAUGAUGAGUCCGUCGACAUCAACGUUGGCCUCUCAGCAGUCGCUGGAAGUUUGUUCUACCCGUAUGGAUCAACUUGACUUGAAGGAGGGAUCUGAUCAGUAUCAGACCACUCGUGACUCUGAUAUAUUUGAUUUUCAGCAGGAGAAGUUGUCGUCUGAUAUUGCUACCACCUCAACCUCCAUGCCUCAGUCCCCAUCACCAUAAGAUAAAGGGUGUCCAUUUAUUUCUCUCUAGCUAAUGUGUGUAUAUAUAUAUUAAUUAGUUUGGAUUUAGCUAUUUGGAUGGAUGGAUGGUGAUGGUCGAUUGUUUCUUGCUCAUAUAGGUUGGAUUGUUUCCGCUCUCUCUCUCUCUCUCUCUUUCUCUUUUUAUCCCCUGGACAGCGUUUUCCAAUUGUUUUGUAACACUAUGCUUUUUUA